GGGAGGGGAAUGUGCCUCACGGGUCCCCUGGGUGCGGUGGGACGCGCUGGCUGCUCGGGUGCAGGGACCAGAGCUGCACACGCAGCUGGGCCUGCCGGCGAGCGCGGCACUGCUCGGCAUGGGGCUCCGGCUGCCGCUGCGCAGGAGUGCCAGCUUCACCCCCGACCACCCUGCCCUCAUGGAGGUGCCUGCCCCCACCACCCUGAAGAUGGAAGCCAAUGUCCUGGUUAUGGGAGCAGACAACGUGGGGAAGUCAGCUCUGACGGUGCGUUUCCUGACUCGGCGCUUUAUCGGGGAGUAUGGAGACAUGGAAUUCAUCUACAGCCACAACUUGACUGUGGAUGGCCGAGAGAUUCUCUUCCACAUCUGGGAUGUCCCCAAUUCUCAGGAGCAUGCAGAGGAGGGCUCCUCGGAGGAGAAGAGAAUCCAAUGGGCAGACAGCUUCAUCUUGGUCUACAGCAUCUGUGACCGUGCCAGCUUCAACAUCCUGCCCCUCAAAAUCCAGUUCAUCAAGGCAGCCAAGGAGGGGCAGAACCAGGAGAAGGUGCCCAUCGUCAUUGUGGGCAACAAACGGGACCUGCACCACCGACGGGUGGUGUCCAGCGAGGAGGGGAGACUCCUGGCUCUCUCUUUAGACUGUGGUUUCUAUGAGGUCUCUGCAGCUGAGGCCUAUCACGGGGCCCUCAUGGUCUUCCAUGGACUGGCCGAGCGCAUCCCUGACACCAAGCUGGCACUGAAAAAGGGUACAGGGAUCCGUGGCAUCGUCAAGACCAUGUCAGCUGUGUUUGCCCGUAAGCGAACGGACUCCCUCUGAGCUGUGCCGUGGGUGUUGCUUCUGUCUGUGCUGUCCAGCUGGACCGAGCCUCCUCCCCAGCUGCCCGUGGAGAUGGUGUGUGUGUUUGCACGAGUACGGUGGGUACCCUGCUGACCUCCUGAUGCCCGUGUCUGGGUGCCCUGCCACGCACAGCCUGGGCAGCUGAGGGCUAUAGUGCCUUCCUCUUGGCUCCGUGACGGGACAGAAUCUCUGCUCUUUGCCGUACCAGCUUUUAGGUGCCUCCUGCUUUCUUCUUCCGUGCUCCAACACUGGAAACCAUCAGGUGAUUUUGCCAGAGCUCCAGCCAGCAUCCUCCUCAGCUGCUUGGUCGGGAGCUGCCCAGGCACCUGGAGAGCAGGGGGGACAUGCCUCUUCUGCACGGCCGCCCAGCCAUCCCAGAGCCCGCGGCACCAGCCGACCCUGGAGGAUCUCAGUGAGGGCUGCGCCUCCCGUCCCACCCGCCUUGCUCUGAGUCCUGUAUCCCACAGCCUUUCAGCAACUGCAGCCCUUUCCCUUGUGCGCGGUCGCUGCGGGCUGUGCCUGGGAAGCAGCGGCGUGUGGCUGGUUCCCAGGCAGGAUCGCACCGUGCGCCUCCCCAGGCUGCUCUGGCCGUACAGCUGCCUGUCCCCGGGGAGGAGAGGAAGCGGAGGAAGGGGGCUCCGGGCUCGACUCGACCCCUCUGCUGCUGGGAGGAUUUUCUCUGCCUCUUCCCAAACUCUUCCCCUGAUGUGCCUGGGAAAGCAAUUUGUUGGGAGAGGGUUUGUGCCUGCGGUAUGGACGCUGAUUUCGCUGCUGUGCUCUGGAAACGCAGUAAAUCGUUUCUGGCAGGAG